AUGGAUAAUCAAACAGCAAUUGUUUUAACUAGUAAUACAGAGGACAAUAAUGAACGUGAUGUAUUAUAUGAGGCAAAAUCAUUUCGACAGACGCGUGAACGCACCUUUUUACAAUGGCCAUUACAUCCAUAUCCGUGUCGCUUGAAGAUGAAAGAAGCUGGUUGGUUUAUUGUCCGUACUGAAGAUGGUAAAUUAAUUGCUGUAUGUUUGUAUUGUAAAAAAGGAUGUACAGGAUGGAACUAUAGACAUGAUCCAUACAAAGUUCAUAAAUAUCUUUCUCCAAAUUGUGAUUUUGUCUCAUUUCCUUGUACAAUUCAAACACCACCAUCACCUAUUGUUGAAUCAGUACCACGUCGUGAACAAGUUCGACCAUCAUCACAUCCAAUGGCGAUAUUACCCGAAAGAGUGAACUCAUUUAAUCAGUGGCCACCUGCAUCAUUUCAUCCAUCGUUUGAUAUUCUUGCUGAAGCUGGUCUCUUUUAUAAUGGUAAUCAUACAAUAGUUGAAUGUUUUUCUUGUCAAGGACAAUUAACUAUCGUUGAUGUAAACAAUGAUCCGAUGACAGCACAUAUUCAUCGAUGUAAAUAUGCUAGACAUUUAAGAGAUCAACCUCAAAGAGCUCCACUUCAGAUACAAGCAUCUCAUAAAGUUUAUAAAAUAGUUGAAAAAAGAGUCAAUAAUGUUAUGUUUUAUUUUUUACAAUGUAUAUCUGCUUCAAUACCUCUGAUACUUUUAUCUGUACGCAUUGUUCUUCCAAAUGGACAAGAAUUAGUAACUUCAGAUAGAAAUAUUAAACGAUUACGUCCUAGUAAUCAACUUCAACAAAAAGUUAAUUGGGUGACAAGUUCUGAUGGACCAUUAGUUAAUAUUUGUAAAGAACUUGCUCAAAAUCCUGUUGAUUUAAAUGCUAUAACAGAUAAUUCAAUAUAUUCAACAGAAGGAUUUUCAUCAUCCAAUAUAAAUAAUACUGUUAAUCCUUCAUUUCAAUGCAAAACUUGUUUAACAGAUCAGGCAUCCCCUCAUAUUGUUUCUAUGAAAUGCUGUCAUUUUGGAGUUUGUUUUAAACAAUGUUUUUUCAAAUGGAUGACAUGUGUUACAUGUGGCUAUACACUUGGAAAGGCAAUACGUAUAUAUGGUGCUUAA